AUGCUCAAUUUUAUUCUCCAUCAAAGCUUUUCAUUGCUUAGGGACUUUAUUGAAAUGGAUUAUGUAAAAAGCUUUGGCAGUUAUAUCCGCGAUGCCUACAACAACCUCAACCCAGCUACAUUAUCUGGUGCUAUAGAUAUAAUUGUCGCUCAACAUCCAAAUGGCGAGCUUACUACGAGCCCGUUCCAUGUUCGCUUUGGCAAAUUGGGCGUCCUCAGUCCCAAGGAAAAAAUUAUCAACAUCUCCAUCAAUGGCGAAGUCGUAGAUGACAUUCACAUGAAACUCGGUGACCAAGGCGAAGCUUUCUUUGUGACUGAGCGAGGCGUGAAUGAAGUUCUUCCAACUGCUUACAUCACUUCUCCGAUUAGAAGUCCCAUGGAACUAACACCUGUCCCUUCUCGCCCUGAAUCUCCGCGUCCAAAUGUUGUUGAGAACAACAAUGUUUAUGGUUCCGAAGGAGACAUGCUCGACAUGGAAUUCGACGAGACAGAAUUUAUCGAGGAAGGUCCUCCCGACCAUCCACCAUUUUACACACCCCGGGAUAGCAUCUUCAGUAAUUAUUUCCAGACUCCUAGGGAGUCAAUUACCAUCUCGAGAGACCAGGGGAUGGAAAAUUAUCAGCCUACUCUUAAUGAACGAGGGGAUUCUGAGGAGAGCGAUCGAUUUGCUAACCCAGAUAACCUGCUGCAGCGACUGGAAAGUCUGAAAAUGGACAGUCCAAGGCGGAUACGUCGUCGCCACUCGAUGAGUAGUGACUCGCCAGUAGACAACAACACCCCGACAAUGGUCUGGCCUUUUGGAGAACUACCACAAGAAGUACCGAAAGAAGAUAGGUUUAAUCAAAAUCGCCGUCCUCCGUCUUUAGUCCUCUCUUCCGUGCCUAAACGAAUUCCAAGGAGAAGGAGGUUCGAUUCUGAACCGCCACUUGCAUUGACGAAAAUGAGGACCAGUGACCUCCCGGAAGUUUUUUCACCAACCUCUCCCCUGUCUCCAUUCUCCGAGACGAUUGAUUCUGGCACUGACUGUGACGACUUUGAGGCGGAGUUCUCGCUCUCUCUCUGUGGCGGUCUAUUAGAAAACAAUGAAAUUUCAUGUCCAGAUAGCUUCAAAAAGAAUCUAGUCACAUUUGAGCAGUUUUCUCGGGAGCCCAAGAAGUUCAUCACGCAUCCAUCACUGGUUGUCCGGAUGGGGACGAAGUACUACAACUGGACUGCCUGUAGCGCAAUUAUUCUUUCAAUGAUGGUUUACCAGCGACCCCUUUCCGAAGACACCGUCAAUGGGCUGCAACAAGAGAGUCUUAGAAAACGUUCCUGGUUCGCUGGCUACUGGCCCCGCUCUGUUUCGACUUCAGAGGCUUACUCUCGCAACCCAGCUCCUAUCAGCAUGCCCAGUAAACCAAAACUACCGGCCUCAAGCGAGUCCCUAGAAGUUCCUCCUGCUGCUAACGGACUCGAGCUAUCGCGGAGCUUUUCCGUCCCUUCCCCCGACUUCUGUCCAAUUUUCCAAGACGGCGACAGAAUUAUGAAGAAGACCCUUGUUCUUUCCUCCGACGAGCUCAAAAAGCUCAACCUAAAAUACGGAGAAAACACUAUUGAUUUUUGGCUGACGACGAUGCUGCAAGGCACGACGAAAAUAUCAGCUUCUAUUUAUUUAUGGAAUACGACGGAUAGCAUAGUCAUUUCCGACAUUGACGGGACGAUCACCAAGUCGGAUGUGAUGGGCAACAUCUUUCCGGCAAUUGGUAAGGAUUGGUCGCAAAAGGGCGUCACUCAUCUCUACCAACGAAUUCAUAAUAAUGGAUACAAGAUUUUAUACCUCAGCUCGCGCGCUAUUGGCCAGGCUCACAUGACGAAGAAUUACCUCAAGUCGGUAAUCCAAGAUGGCGUUCCACUACCUUCCGGGCCGGUGAUGCUCAACCCGACCUCCUUAUUCAACGCUUUCCACAAAGAAGUGAUCGUCCGUCGCCCCGAGGAAUUCAAGAUCUCCUGCCUUCACGGUAUCAGGCAAGUUUUUGCAGACAAGGAUGAGACGGUCAAUCCAUUUUGGGCCGGUUUCGGGAAUCGACCAACCGACGUCAAGUCCUACAGAAACGUCGGCAUAACUGAUCGACGAAUUUACAUCGUGAAUCCGCUGGGCCAUCUGAAGGAACAACAGAGCUCGAUCAGUGGCUACUCUACUUGCUACAAGGACCUUGGGGACAACUGCGACCACUUUUUUCCUGAUAAAAACCAACCAGAAGUGCCGGACCAAUCUGUCUCGAGCUACAAGUACUGGAAAACAGACCUUCCAGAGGUUGACUUCAGCUUGCUUUCUUGA